GAUUAAACUCCCACUGCAGUUGGAGCUCAAAAACGAUGGCACAUCUAAUGCACUUCUACGAGCACCUAAGCAUUUUUUAUGCAGAUACGUUUUCUUGUGUCAUAUGAAAAACACGCGUGCUCCGCUCUCAUUUUAUUGAGAGAAAAAAAACCCUUCGGGGCUGAUGACGUAACCUCUUUGUCAUAGAUACUGUUGCCUAAGUAACAUGAGCACGCCACAACAACAGAGAUCCCGGUAGCAGUUUAUCUGUGUCUUUCCUCUGUGGUCUGCUGAGGAAGCGCACUCAGGCAUCACAUUUAUGUUUUAAACUGUGGAUAAUUGCGCAGUUAUGGCUCUCCCAGAACCCAUGUUCUGCUCCCAACAAAUUAAGAUCCCUCCUGAACUCCCAGAUAUUUUGAAACAAUACACAAAGGCUGCAAUCAGGACCCAGCCCCAUGAUCUGCUUCAGUGGUCGGCUGCAUAUUUUGAAUGCUUAUCGAAUGGACUACCAUUGCCUGCAAAGGAAAGGUUUGAAAUGCCUAUGGGCACACAAAAAUCAGAUACUGACCUAACGCUUGGACUUUUAAAGGUUCUACAUAAACAGCUGUCCUCGGAAAUCUUUGUAAGCAAUGCUCUACUAAAACAAAAAUGGAUAGACCUAUGUUUGCCACAAGGGGAAUUAAAAAACAUUCUUGAACUGGAUAACUUUGGGAAUGAAGUGGAAUGGCUGAAAUUUCUAGCACUUGGAUGCAGUGCUCUAGGAAGUAGUAUACAAGUCACUCUGAAACAUGUCUGUGAAAUCCUUACUGAUGAUCCAGAAGGUGGCGCUGCUCGCAUUCCAUUUGAGACAUUCAGCAACCUUUAUAAAUACCUGGCAAAGAUUGAUGGAGAAAUAUCACAAUCAAAAGUAGAAGAUGCUCUCUUCGCUCUUCAAGCAGAGGCUGAAAAACAAGAUGGAAUGAUCCAGCCAAGAAACUUUUUAAAUACAGCCUGCCCACCAUUGUCUUAAAACUGAGAGCGUUUAAUCUCAAGAGCACGAGUAAAGGCAAAAAAUAAUGUCUGGAAAUACAGAUUUUUUUUCUUUGUUUUGCAUUUCUUUUACAGUUACAUAUCUUUGAAUGAUUUGUAUUGUUAAACAGUAAAACAGAAUAGAUUUAUCAAAAUGUUACUAGUAUACAUAUUUAUAUAUCGGUGCUAGUUGUACAGUCAGAUCAUUUGUAUAUUUUGACGGCUAUUUUGCCACAUUAAACAGCUGAUCUGACUGCAACCCUCAGAAACAAUGGUGGCUAGAUAGAAAACCCGUAUUAGAUUGCAGAUCAUUUUAAAGAUAUUUUAUUUAUUUCUACAUCUUUGAACAACUUUCUUAUUAGACACAGAUGGUUUCAUCAGUUUCACAGAUCAGUAAUGUUACUAUUUUUUUUACCUUGCACUUAGGUCAGUUUGUACAACAAAAAGCAGAAGCUUUAUAUGUUUGCAUUGAUUUUUUUUUCUUUAAUUGUUUAAAAGUUACAUAACAAAUGAAAAAACCCUCAGGGAUAAUAUAGAGCAACCACUCGUUAACCAAGUGCACAAUACGGCUUGUUAAAAAGAUAACAAUAUCACUGGACACAGAGUGCAAGAAUACUUUAGCUUCAAGAUGCGCCGCUCAGUGUGAAGAUGCAGAGCUUAAACGAACAGCACUUCUAAGCAGUCACAAUAAAAGAACCACUUUGAAGAGAGCGGCAGGCACAAGAGGAGCAUGGUGAUUAGUAAAUAUGCUAUUGUAGUUGUACCCAGCAGUUUAAUGUCCAUUUAACUCCAUUAUUGGCAGUAACACACAUGCUCUAAAGGGACAGUAAAGUCAAAAUUAAACUUAGAUUGGGUAGAACAUGACAUUUUAAACAACUUUUGAAUUUACUUAUAUUAUCAAUUUUACUUAGUUCUCUUGAUAUCCUUUGUUAAAUCCUAGGUGAGCUCAGGAGCAUGCAUGUGUCCUUAGCCAUCUGGCAACAGUGUUUGCAACAUUGUUUAUAACCAUAUUAUACAUUGUUACAAACACUGCAGCCUACCUAGAUUUAGGGGCUGAUUUAUCAUAUGGCGGGCGGACAUUGCUAAAUGCCGACAACAUACGCAUUUAACAUUGCACAAGCAUUUCUGGUGAAAUGCUUGUGCAAUGCCGCCCCCUGCAUAUUUGCGGUCAAUUGGCCACUAGCAGGGGGUGUCAAUCAUCCUGAUCGUAUCUGAUAGGGAUGAUUGCAGUCUGCCGCCUCAGAGGUGGCGGAGAAGUUAAGAAACAACAAUCUUACGACUGCUUCUUCUUAACUUAAGUUUCCUGCGAGCCGGAAACUUCGGAGGUAGAUUGCAGCAUUCGCUGCUUAAUAAAUCUACCCCUAAGUCUUCAACAAAGAAUACCAAUAAAAUACAAAGCAAAUUUGAUAAUAUAAGUACAUUGGUAACUUGUUUAAAAUUGCAUGCUCUAUCUGAAUCAUGGAAGUUUAUUUUUAACUUUUCUGUCCCGUUAAGGAUUUAACCUUCAGGUUUCCAUUAGAACACAUACUGCAAUGAUUUACCCUUCUUGCCUCCAGUAACAUACUCAGAGCUUUACCCUUCACUUUGCACCAAGAGCACACACACCAUCUCCGAUGAUUACUUAUGUUUGGGAGGCGCAUGAUUCCUUAAUUUACCUUAUGAUAAACUGCUCCAUACUUAAAGGGACAUGAAAUCCAAAACAUUUUUUUGAUAGAGAGAAUAUAAUUUAAAAAAAAAGCUUCCAAUAAACUUAUUUUAUCAAAUUAGCCUCAUUCUUAUGUUAUUGUUUGUUGAAGAGAUAUCAGUAAAUGUAGCGUGCACAUGCCUGAAUCACUGCAUGACAGGAAAUAGUGCUGCCAUCUAGUGCUCUUGCUAAUGUAUAACAUUGUUGCAAAACUGCUGUCAUAUAGUGCUACAGCCACAUGCACGCUCCUGAACUUACCUUCCUGCUUUUCAACAAAGGAUAACAAGAAAACAAAGAAGAUUAGAUAAUAGAAGUACAUUGGAAAGAUGUUUAAAAGUGUAUGUUCUAAUUCUGGGUUUUAUGUCCCUUUAACACUGCCUAUCAAAUGGUUGUCUGUGCAGAACAUUGUACAAACCAGCAUGUAAAGGAACUGUACACCUCAUAGAUACCAGGAAGGCAGUUUGGAUUUAGGAGCAUAAGACCAAAGCUCCUGGGUGCUUAAACUUGUGCAAAGUGUGAGCACAAAUUAGCAAUAAUCUUCUAAAAAUUCUCAGUGCCCAUGGUACCUUUUUAAAAAAUUGUAAAGGACAUACAAGACAUAUUAAAAUGUGUGUGUGUGUAUAUAUAUAUAUAUAUAUAUAUAUAUAUAUAUAUAUAUAAAUUCAAAAAUUGUGGAAGAAAAACAAAAAAAACAGAACCUAUCUUUAUACAAAGACACAGGAAUUUUUACUCUGAUAAAAUUAUGUAUGUGUACAUCGAAUGACUCAGGGUCAGCUGAAAUCAGACGUGGUGCAGACCCCUCAAAAAUUUAUUUAAUCCAGUACUUUAUAGAUAAGAGAAAAUGGUAGAGCUAUAUGAGAUACCAUAGCUAAAGUAGGGGAUUUCAGCACUCAAUUUUAUAACCCAUUUAAUCCAAUUUCUUAGAUAUGUAAGACUGCAGAACAGCAUAGAAUCCAAAAAAUGAACUGCACAUGCACAGACUUAAACACAUGCAAACAGUUUAUUGCAAAAAAUUGCUACCACAAAAUAAACAGCUAGAAAUGACUUAUUAUCUCUAGAAUACACCACUGCAGUGGAUUGUAAAUAAAGCAUAUCAAACAUAUUGAUAAGUCAUCACAGAUGUAUAAAAACAUAUGCAGCAAGCAAAGGUUGGAAACACACAAUUUAUAAAUUUCCAACUGACAAUUGUACUUGAAUAAACAUUCAUAAAGAUUCCUCUAA